AUGCGAAUUAUCUACACGCUCUGGUCGGCGAUCGUUUUGUGUGCGGUUCUAAACGGUUCUACCGCGCGAAAGCUUGAAAACAUUGCCUCGAACAUCAUUCCCGGUAGCAAUGGGUUGGGUCAGCAAAAGCAAAACGUAGCCGACACGUACGAGGACGUGUCGGCGUCGGAAAAUCAGCAGGACGUCGGCAGUGAAGCACUUCCGGAGAGCACCGAAACGAACGAGAUCGAGGAUGAGGUCGCCAGCCCGGAAGUGGUGAACGAGGUGCUGGAGGAGUCGAACGUGGUGCCACAGGAAACGGUCAGUGAAGCGAACGUGGUCAAUAUGGACGAUUCGAGUGUCAUCAAUCGGUACUGUAGAUGUACCGCGUACGAGUGUAACUGCUGCCGGAACAUCGAUGUGCCGCUUUUCCCGGUGAAAGGGCCCGGAUGUGCCGUAAUUCAGUACCUAGACGGUGAUCGGAUGUCGGUGGGAGUGAAGUUUGCCGACCGCAUGAUCGUGAACCGGGUUAUCUCUGCGAGACGAGCGACGCCAGUCUGCUUGCCGCUUCCCGGCGGAUACAACCGAUUCUGUGGCCGCGUCUAUGGCAUCUCGCGUAAGGCGAAUGAAGGCUUUAAGGCUUGUCUUGGGUUGGAGCUGCGAGCGGAUGAUGAAGUAGAAGCGGUGCUGCGCGUGUCCUGCUUCAAGUUCGGACCGCGUGGUCUCGCGGUUAUGGAUCCGGAACCUCUGCCACCGGUCGAUGACAUCGACGUGGCGGACGAGGAAGACGAGGACGAUGAGGAUGAGGAGGAGGAGCUGUUUGGGUUUUCGCUCGACGAUGACGAUGACGACGAUGACGAUGAGGAUGAUGAAGAUGGUGACGGCGAUAGUGGCAGUGUGCAGGACAACGAAACCGAUCAGGGUGAUUCACCGGACUAUACCGGAUUUAGUUUCCUCGAUCGUGAUCUAAUGGGUAGCAUUUUUGGUGUAAAAAAGUUUUGGUAAAUCGCACCUCGCCUCGCGCAUUCGUCACACUCAGUAAAACUGAUCGUUUUUAAUCGCAUUUUCGACGAAAACCUGUAACGGGGUUUACGUUUUUUGAAGGUCUAGUUUUAAAUGCGUCGCC